UAGAACCUGCAUGCUAUCACAUUAUAAUGAAGUAUGAUGCAAGUGUUUCCUCUGUAACUGUUGUCUGAGACACGACAGGUACUCGACCAAACUUCUCAUAAAAAGAUUUCAGACUUUAAUGGUUUUCAAUGCUGCCACCUGUUCUACUUCAGCGCAGUUCUCUAAAUUAAGAACGUCUCGCCAUUUCCAGGUGUAGUUUGAGGGUAAACAUGAUGCCACUUUCAGCUGACUCCACCUUCAGACGUCUAAGCUGUAUAAAGAAGGUAGAAUCUGUUUCUCCCUCUCUCUUUCUCUCCCACUAAAAGUCUUAAGCGGGACCUUGAGCCAACGAGAUCCGAUAUCGCCUCCGUCUCAGGAGGGUUGAACCUGCGGACACAGAGGGCCUUCUAUCCCCGACGAGUCCCUGGAAGAGAGGGUCUUUCUCAGCUCUUUCUUCAUCCCCAGCUGCGAACCAUGUACUCUGCAGGCUUGGAGAUCCUCGGUAUGAUCCUCGCGGUGGCCGGGUGGCUGGGGGUGAUGGUGGCGUGCGGCCUGCCCAUGUGGCGGGUGGCCGCCUACAUCGGUCAGAACAUCGUCAUCUCCCAGGUGAUCUGGGAGGGUUUGUGGAUGAACUGCUCGGUGCAGAGCACGGGCCAGAUGCACUGCAAGGUGCACGACUCCAUGCUGGGACUUCCUGUGGACCUGCAGGCAGCUCGUGCUUUGGUCAUAGUCUCCAUGGUGCUGAGCAUCGUGGGCAUUUGUCUGUCAGUGGCCGGCGCAAAGUGCACCAACUGCAGCCGGGAUGUGAGCAGUAAACCCCGACUGGUGGUGACUGCUGGAGUGAUCUUUCUGGUGGCUGGACUGCUGCUGCUGGUGGCCGUUUCCUGGACGGCUCAUGCCAUCGUUCUGGGUUUUUACGACCCGCUGCUGGAGGAGACGGGGAAGAGGGAGUUUGGUAACGCGCUGUACUUCGGCUGGGCUGCCUCCUGCCUGCUCAUCCUAGGCGGAGCCCUGCUCUGUUGCUCCUGCCCGACGAAAACCCCUACAGCAGCAAGUAAUGGCUCUAUGCCCCCCCGGGUGGACUAUUCACCGGUCAAGACCGUGUCAGUCAACGGAUACACCAGAAGAGACUAUGUAUGAACAAGUGACGGGAGGGCGCAGACAAAGAGACAUGACCAGUGUUAGCAAUGUUUGUGCUCAACAGAUGAUGUGUCAUGGGUCUUCAUACAGCAGUUUGGACAUUAAGUAUGAAUCACUGAUGCAUGUCUUAUGUCUUUUUUUUUUAGCAUUUAGUGUUUGUUGUUGAUUCUGUUUCAAACAUGAAUACAUUUUAUUUGAAGAUUUUCACAUUUUUCUAUAAAAUAUGAAGCUCUUUCCUGAUAAGAGUACAUUCACAUAAUGUCCAUGCUGAUCAUGUGUGAUCAAUGCUUGCUUUACAAUCAAAGGUUGUAAAUGAAUAAAUAAAAACUUUUCAA